GUGAACGGACGCGUUUCGGAUACAUGCACUACCAUAUCGCAUUGUGUGUCUUUUGUUGCCGAUAGCAGCCGAAGAAGCAGGCAGGAAGUUCUAUUACUCAUUCGCGGAAAAGUGAAGCACAGUGAGCCGAAGACAGAAGAUUCUGGCAGGGGGUGAAGGUUCUUCCACCAUACACAAGAGUUCAGUUCCGGAUCGGAGUGGAAGAGAAUCAGUUGGUGACCGUUGAAAAUCGGAUGAACUGUUCGAAGAGGGAAGAAGUGAUCUGACAGAGUUCAAGUGUUCAGUUGUCUCCUGUUGUUGGAACAUCAUUCCUGGAUAAGGGGAUCACCCCCCCUCCCGCAAAUUGGCGUUUCGGAACGAGCCCGGGAUUACAUCAAAUUGGAAUCAGCUGCAAGAUAGUCUCGCCAGUCGCUUCACAAGGGAGAGAAGAUGAGGAAGUGCUACCUUCUUCUGCUGCUGCCGGUAGUGUUUGGGGCACGGCCACCGGCUGCCGUCUUCGAGGACGUGUUUGAACUGGGACGACCGAGUAUUGCCUUCCAUGCCAGUCCGGUUAAUCAGAAUGGCAUGCAAGCCUACCUGAGCAAACGGAACCGCCAGCUGGCGGACUACACAUUGGCAACGGCCGGAUCCCGCUAUCACUAUCACACCGCAGCCAGCGAACGCUACCAAAGCUACGAGGAAACCCAGAACGAUCGCAUCCGGUUGGAGAAUCUCCAGAAGAUUGCCAACGUGCGGACGAAACGACUGGAUUCGAUUGCCAAGCCCCGGCAGGCCAAAAAGCUGGACAUCAUCCCGCGGGAGGUGUUCCGCUUUACUUUGGCCGAUGCGAUGAUUCACCCGCAGAGUCCGGAACGACUGUCCGGCGAUUCGAAGAGAGUAAAACGAGAUGAGGGUCGCAGUGGGAAACGAGUUGAACCCGUUCCGAGGGAGAUUCUCUGGUUUAAACUGCAGGACGCGAUCACACAGAAUCCAAUUACAUCGACUGUGGAGGAAGGUAAUGUGCAUCACAGGAGGAAGCGUUCGGCGGAUCCGGGAGUCAAUAAAGAUGGACGGGAGAUGGUUCAGUUUGAAUUGCAGGAUGCCAAGACUCCGGAUCGGGAUGCGAAGCUGUACAACAAGCAACUGAAGGAGGAGAAUCCCAAUCUGAGGAUGCCUUUCACGACUUCGGAUACUUUUAAGAGGGGUUCGGUGUUUGACGAGGUUGCCGAGCGCCCGGAUUCGAGAAAACGAGAUACAAAGAAGGACAAACGCGACAGUCCAAUGGAUGACAAAGAUAUGAGUACUGAGGAGAGUAGACGGGUGAAGAUCACCAGGGGCAACAAGAAGAAGAUGGCUAAUUACGAGGAUUUGCCUUUGGGUGUUCAAAAAGCGAUCGACAUUGCGAUUAAGGAGAAUGAGCGAAUGAAUACAAAGUCAGGAGAAGAACCUACAAGGCCACCGAAGUACCACUUUGGAGAUAAGAAACCAAAGACAAAGAAACCAUUUAGCUCGACAACCAGUCCAAAGAUGACAUUCCAAAGUCCGAAGGAUACCAAAUUCUCACCGAGUCCGCAGGUAGAAACUGGUUUUGUGCCGAGUAAGCCGAGUAAGCCAACUAAGAGCGAUUCCAGUGAAAAUUUGAAACCGGAAAAGGCAACCCCUGCAACGUGGUGGGAUGUGUCGAAUUUGAAUCGCCCGAAAAGGCUUCAUCAGAAGGCUUCGUAUCCACCGCUGGUCAUCCAUCCCCAGUACGUCAAUACCUACAAACCAACAAUGGAGACAUACAAAAUGAAGGAACUUUCGCCAGGAUACGAGCAAUCUCAGGAAAAUGCGUAUGAGUACGAAGGCCCAAAAGAAGUUGUCAUUCAGGAGAAACCGAAGGUCCAGUACGUAAUCAAAGAAAUUCCCGUCCCGGUGCGACCUAAAGAACCCCGCACCAAGAUCAUUGUUCAUCCGGCAAUCUCAAUCUCUUACGACAAGGAAUCUUCAGCGCCAGCUUCCUCUCAGGAAAGCAACCAUCCCGACUACAACAAUCCCUACGGACCCGUUGAACUUCGAUAUGAACAACCGAAAGAAGCUAAACCAUUCCAAGGUCUGAAGAUCAUUGUCCCAGACUCCAAGGAACAGUCGCAACCCUCCUACUACACCGGAAAUCACGUCGAACAGCAUCAAUCUUCGGAAUCAUCGCAAUCGGACGAAAGUUACGAGAAAACCGGAAGUAGCAUUGCUGCUCUUUCCGCACUCAUCGGCAAACGACCCACGGUUCAACUGAAAGGCCUCAACGAAUUGCUGCACAUGCCAGUACCGAUCGGCAACGCGCAGCCGCUGCAAACGAUGAAAACCAGAGUUCGACCACAGGACAGCACUGCUCCGAUUAUGUUCCCUGCGGAAUCUUCCACUCCACAUCCGACCUUCCCCAGAAAGACGACCGGCUACCGCAGUGUCAAGAUCGAAAACGGACCAAAGAUUGUGUACGAAGAUAGUCCUAACCCCAGUACCUUGUACCACACGGUAUUGAUGAACCCUCAGCUGAAGGUUCCAAUGACCAAGGAUUACACGCCGAUCAAGGAGGUCGUUGCGGAUAUUUCCGAUUCGGAUCUGGUUGGACCAACGGUCGCGUCUCCGACCCAUGCAACGUAUAUCAUCGGCUCAACCCCGGUAUCUCCCACAAUCGAAUCCAAUAGCUACGGAAGUGAAGCCAACAGUCACGAAUCGGCUAGUUACCAGCAGAUUCAGGCAAUUCACACCACUCCGGAGACGAUCGUGGAACCGAUCAACGUGCAGUACCAAACCAGAGACCCAGGUCAUAAGCAACAAUCGCACUACCACCACCAACAGCACUAUGAAGAAUCGAAGGAUGAUCACGAGCAUCACCAUCAUCAUUUCGAACAUGACGAUCAUGAGCAUCACCAUCAUUAUUUAGAUCAUGACGAUCAUCUCCACGAUCACUACGGUCACCAAGAUCAUCACGACCACCAGGAUCACCACCAACACGAAGACGACAGUGAGGAUAAUGACGACUCGGAAGGCUACGCCUUCGGCUAUCGAGUACGUGACUUCCACACUGGCAACGACUUUGGACACAUCCAAAAUCGGGACAACGGGGUGACCCGAGGUGAGUAUCACAUUCUGCUGCCGGAUGGUCGAGUGCAGAACGUGCGAUACACGGCCGACGAAAAGGGCUUCCACGCGGAAGUCAGCUACGAAAGUGUCCCUACGCCUCACGAAUCAUCGCCGUCGUCAUCGGCGUCGGGCCACACGAAAUGA